AUGGCUUCAUUUGCGGCGGCGUGCCGCAUCUCGGCCCGCCUUGCAAGCGGAAGAGCUGCUCGCGGCUUUACCACGUCUUCACGAUGCCUCGCAGCCCAGAACUUCGUCAUGCCCGCCCUCUCCCCCACAAUGACGGAGGGCAACAUCGCCAAUUGGAAGGUUAAAGAGGGCGACUCCUUCAGCGCCGGCGACGUCCUGCUCGAGAUCGAAACCGACAAGGCCACCAUGGACGUCGAGGCCCAGGAAGACGGCGUCGUGAUGAAGAUCUUCUCCCAGGAUGGCAGCAAGGGCGUCCAGGUUGGCACCCGAAUUGCCGUCUUGGCCGAAGCCGGAGAUGAUAUCAGCACCCUCGAGCUUCCCCCGGACGAGCAGCCCAAGCAGGCAGCCCAGAGCACGUCAGAACCCGCCGCUCCGGCACCACGAGAUGAGCCAAAGGCUACUUCGAAGCCUGCUGCCAAAUCAGAAGCCGCUGCGAGCGGAACCUACGAACACAACUACCCACUGCUUCCCUCAGUCGGCCUUCUCGUACACGAGCAUGGCAUCAGCAAGGAGGACCUGAGCAAGAUCAAGGGUACCGGACCCAACGGACGACUGCUGAAGGGUGAUGUGCUGGCCUACGUUGGCGCCAUCAACGCCGAUCAGCCCGCCGCGGUGUCUUCCCGCCUUAACAAGCUGGCCCACCUGGACCUGAGCAAUAUCAAGGUGGCCGAGAAGAAGCCUGCCCCCUCCCCCAAGGCGUCCGAAGCCGCCUCCAAGGCCCCUGAAGCCGCGCCAAAGCCAGAAAAGGUCCUCGUCCAACUGCCCGUCUCGCUGGAACACGUCGUGGAGCUGCAACGACGGCUCCAGAGCGCCGCCGACGUCUCCGUCCCCAUAGCCAAGUUCGUCUCCAAGGCCACCGCAUUUGCAAACAGCCGCCUACCUGCCGUCCCUCGCGCUCCGACCACGAGUGAACUCUUCGAUGAGGUUCUUGGUCUGAACAAGGCCAAAGCUACCAAAUUCUCCCACGGAUCCUAUGUCCCUACAAUAACCGAUGGCUUCGCCGGCCCCCGGAGAACAUCUGCCCCAAAGACUGACAUUAUUGACCUCUUGGCCGCCCCUGCCAAAAAUUCCAGCUCUUCGUUGGCCAAACGGCCCGCCCCUAGGAUCGAUCCUGAACUCGUCCCUGGUGGAGUUCACUCGUUCGGUCUGCUGGUCCCCAAGGAAGAAAAGGCCAGGGCCGAGCUGUUUUUAGAGCGCUUCAAGCUCGCCCUGGAGGAGGUGCCUGAGACUUUGAUAUGA